CCAAAAUUUGUUUACAUCCACAAAACUCUCGAGGAAUUAGGGUUACGAAUACGUUCGAUUUAGAGAGUCGAAGAUGAUCGAGGUGGUGCUCAACGAUCGUCUCGGGAAGAAGGUUCGGGUAAAGUGCAACGAAGACGACACGAUCGGAGACUUGAAGAAGCUCGUCGCUGCUCAGACCGGAACCAGGGCCGAGAAGAUCAGGAUCCAGAAGUGGUACAACAUCUACAAGGAUCACAUCACGCUCAAGGAUUACGAGAUCCAUGACGGCAUGGGACUCGAGCUCUAUUACAAUUGAAUCGUUUUUUUCUUGGAUUUUUAGGGUUCAUUUGACGCGAUUAAGAGGUUCAGGCGCAUGUUCUUAGAGGUUGUGAGGAUUCAGGUCUAUCUCUAAGAUGAGCGACCAGAGAUUAUAUUUUCGAUGGACGUGGUAGGGUUGAGGUUGACAUCGCGGUAUUAUCACAGAGGUGUAAACCGCCAAUUACCUGAGAAGCCUUGUUCCCCAAAGAACCCGUUCUCUUUCCUUUAUCUUUGAUUGGGAAUUUAUGGUCCACCCCAAUAUCAGAUCGGGUUACACGAUUUAAAAUCAUGRGAUUUCCUCUGAUAUGCGAGUCUUGUAUUGCAGAAAAGGCUUUAUGUAUAUCUCUGGUCUGCGCUUAGCUAAUGCUUCACUCCGAAUGUUUUGAUGUCUCUUGUAUAUGGAAUUUGCUACCCUGUAGACGACAACACACUUCCUCAAGGAUGGGUAGAAAUUUUUUAUUUUAAAAGUUGAUGCUUAGUUUUUUAUAGAUAUGAUGCUGCCCUGUCCUAUUGAUCUGAUCUUGUGCUUUAGGGAGCCCGAAUUUGGCAUCAUUUUCCAUUUCAGCACAGAUGGGUAAUGAUUUUCUUCUUCCUUCGAAUUCCAGAUAAGGAAGGGACGUGAAAUAUAUUCUCCAACCUUCAAAACUGCGGCUUGAUCUUGAUCUAUGAAAGCUAAUUGAAUUUUUAUUAUUUAAUCUUAAAUCAUUAUCAAUGACUAAAUACAUAUAACAAUGAAAAUAUAUUAAUAUGUGUCUUUUAUGGUUAAUUAUAGACAUACAAUAGUUUAAAGAGAUUGGAUGACUCUGAGUGGAGGCUACGGAAAUGUAAUAACUCAAUUAUGGUGAAGAACUGGAAGACACCGAAGGAUUACUCUCUCUCUAAUCUCGCAGGACGUCUUAAAACAAUUCCUAACGAUUUUAUCCAAUGUAGGCAAAUGGGUUCCUUGUCAUAUUGCCACCAAAAUGGGUAUAAUCUCUCUCUUAACUCCUAAGUUUGCCAUUGAUGAAGAAKUACAAAGUCCUGUGGUAGGUGGCCUUUCCUUUACUUUGAUUAAUUUUUACUAGUAUUUCUAGUAAUAAUUUAUUUUUUUGUUCCUUAAAUUUUACUCCUUUUUCUAUGCUCUUGACCUUAGCAUCUUUUAUGCUAGCCACCAUCAUUCAUCAAUCAGUCAUUUAAUGGUGUCAAAGACCAUUGGUGAAUCUCCCAACCAAGGCCUUCGGUAUGUUGAGGCAUUUGAGAAAUUUGAGCCGAUUAAUCAUUAGUGUUAAUGGCGGAUAUUUAUACUGCCAGAAUUAAGAAUCAAACCCGGUUUGUAGGUAAUGUGGUGAUUGGUGAAGAUGACAUAACCCAGGGGAUAAUUGUAUUCUGUUUAGAUGUCAAUCUUAUCCCAAUGCUACUGCUUUGACUGGCCAAUGGGUUUAUUUGAGAAGUGAAGGAUUCAUGGUGUUUUAUGGCAUGAACUUGAGCAUUGCUACGGUCCAUAGGUAACUGUCAUGCAAUAUCAACAUCUGUUCUGUUAAACUGCCAAUCAAGUCCCAAAAUCUUUUUUGGAUCACCAAUUUCCAGCUUUYCAGGUCAUUCGUAGUUGCCAUGCAUCUCUCUUUCUGAAUCCAACAAAUAUAGGGACUUUUGUUGACUGAGAGAACAAUGAGAUGGACCCCCGUUGGCUUAUCUUGGAUUCACUGAGUUUUGGAGUUUGAGGCAAAGAUUAAACUUUGGUAGCAGGUUGAAAGCAACUUUCCGUUGGGUUUUUUUGCUAUAGACACAGUUAAAUCAAAUGCAAAAUGCUUGGGAGCAUGUUAGACGUGAACUAUGUGCCUUGUUUACAAUUUCAGUUACCUUGUUUCAGAWWUUUUUUUUGAUUCAGGAAUAUACUUCAUUAAAUAGGAAUAUCACUUGUUAAGUAUUAURUAAAUAAUUAUUGGCUGAUCGUGUUUAAAGCUUUCAAAUAUAUCGAAUGCUGAUUUAUGUCGGUCUA